AUGUUUCUUUGUUUCUUUAAUUGUUUGUUCUUUCUUUCUUUCUUUCUUUCUUUCUUUCUUUCUUUCUUUCUUUCUUUCUAUUUCCUUCCAAUAAAGCUUCAAAGAAUUGAUGCUUUGUUGGCAGGUUAUGUAUUUUGCAAAUCUAUCCUGACGUGUCUUCAAAAGAGUUUAUUCCAGCGCUUAGAAGAAGGGAAAAUCUUUCUUUCUUUCUUUGUACAUCUCCCUUUUCUUUCUUUCUUUCUUUCUUUCUUUGUACUUCUCCCUUUUCUUUCUUUCUUUCUUUCAUUUGUUCUUUCUUUGUACUUCUCUCUUUUCUUUCUUUCUUUUAUUCUUUCUUUCUUUUAUUCUUUCUUUCUUUGUACUUCUCUCUUUUCUUUCUUUCUUUCUUUCUUUCUUUCUUUCUUUCUUUCUUUCAUUUGUUCUUUCUUUGUACUUCUCUCUUUACUUUCUUUCCUUCUUUCUUUGUAUUUCUCUCUUUUCUUUCUUUCUUUCUUUCUUUCUUUCUUUGUACUUAUCUCCUUCUUUCUUUCUUUCUUUCUUUCUUUCUUUCUUUCUUUCUUUCUUUCUUUCUUUCUUUCUUUCUUUGUACUUAUCUCCUUUCUUUCGUUUGUCUUUAUUUGA